AUGUCCGAGAAGAAAGUUGUUGAGCAAUCGUCAGCUCCGCCCGCAGAGCCAGAGAGCAAAAGCGAGGCUAGUGACACUAUCAACUUGGAGACAACAGACGAGGAAAUUGAACAGACCAAGAACCGCAUCUUGCGUGAGCAAGCCGAGCUUCGUCAGCAAGAUGCCCCCAUCAUCCCGAUUUUGUCAUUCUUCAAGAAAAAGAGUGGCUACGAUCCUAGUGUCAUAGCCACACAGCCAUCUGUCUACGACCAUCCAUCGACCUCGAAAUUCUUCCAGCCGCAUCCAAAGUAUGAAAACCUCCACCGGUUUGACCCAAGCUUCCGAUGGAGCUGGGGCGAGGAGCUGCCACUGAUCACGAAGAUGGAUUGGCGUGUGACAAUUUGGGCCUGUCUUGCAUUCUUUGCCCUCGACCUACCUCGAGGCAACCUGAGUCAAGCCAAUUCGGCCUCCUUUCUUGAGAACCUUGGCAUGAAUACAAAUGACUACAACCUCGGCAACACAGUCUUCCAGAUAUCUUUCCUCUGCGCAGAGUUGCCGUCGCAGAUGGUCAGCAAGAAGCUUGGCCCAGACCGCUGGAUCCCUUUCAUCAUGUGUUCCUGGAGUCUGGUGUCGGGUUGUCAGUUCUGGCUCAGCGGUCGAACUUCCUUCCUCGUCUGUCGUGCACUAUUGGGUGUUCUUCAGGGAGGUUUCAUCCCAGACGUAGUGUUGUACCUCACAUACUUCUUCAAGUCCACUGAACUACCCUUUCGGCUUGCCAUGUUCUGGACAGUUCGUCGAAUCACGGACAUCGUAGCACCCUUGUUGGCGCUUGGUGUUCUUCGCAUGGACGGCAUCAACGGUUACGAGGGCUGGAGAUGGCUUUUCCUGAUCGAAGGAAUUAUUACGCUGUCAAUCAGUAUCUGGUCAUGGUUCGCAAUGGCUGCUUCACCAACGCAGACGAAGGCUUGGUGGCGGCCCAAGGGCUGGUUUAACGAGCAGGAAGAAAAGAUCCUGGUCAAUCGAAUCCUUCGCGACGACCCUUCCAAAUGCGAUAUGCAUAACCGUCAAGCAAUUACUCCCAAGCUGCUUCUCAAAUCUCUGGCUGACUGGGAGCUUUGGCCCAUCUACGUCUUUGGUCUCCUCUGGGAAAUUCCUGCUGGCCCCCCUGACCAAUACCUCACGCUCACUCUUCGCAACCUCGGAUUCAACACGAACGAUACAAACUUGUUGAGCAUUCCGCCCCAAUUCCUGGGAGCCAUAUUCAUGUUGAUCAUGACAUACCUAUCCGAGAUAUGGGACACAAGAGCAAUUUUCGGUGCGUUUACGCAGUUGUGGUACCUCCCGAACCUUAUUGCCAUGGCCGUUCUGCCAGCAGAUGCUAGUCCCUGGGCCCAGUACGCUGUUGUCACCGUUCUUUUGUCCUACCCAUCCCCACACGCCAUGCACGUUUCCUGGGCGUCUCGGAACUCUCAUUCUCUUGCCCGCGUCAUCUACUCCAACAUUUACCGGGAGGACGAUCGUCCUGAAUAUCGGCGUGGUAAUCGAGUUCUUAUUGGCAUCUGCUGCAUGAAUAUCUGCGUCUACCUCAUUGCUAAAGUAUUCUACAUAUGGUGCAACAAGAAGAGAGAAAAAGAAUGGGGUGCAAUGACAGAAGAAGUAAAAUCUCUGUCCAAACCUCUCAACUACAAGACUAAAACUGUGUUCCAGGAAAAAAUCCACUACCUCGAGACAACAAAGGACCAGGGUAGUAACCGCAAGGAUAUCCGAUUUAAACACUAG